AUGCGAAGUAGUUUUGAGAAAGCUGGAGUAAAGAUUGGAGGUGAGGAAAAGAAGAAGUAUGAGAAGUAUGAGAAGGUAGAUGAAAAUGUGAAGGAAUUGAAGGCAGAGAAAAAGCUGAAAGGUGACUCAGGAGUCAAUUGUCAUUACUGUAAUGGAGCUAACCACUUCGCAGCUGACUGCAUGUUAAGGAAGAAGGAUGAAAAGAAAUCCAAAGUUAAAGAUGAAGCUUACUAUGCUGAAAAGCUUGAGGAAGUUCGAGCAAAAGAAAAAGGGUUGUCUUUGGUUGCGAAGGGAGAGAUGGACAAUGAUGAAAGUGGAACCUACCAAAUCUGGUCUUCAGGUUCAGAUGAUGAAGAAAUGAGGCACCUUACCCACAGUGCGAUGUUCGCUAGUUUUGAGAAGAAUAGCGAAGAAGAAGAAGAAAUCUCUGGACAUUGCUUCGUGUCCAAAUCCACUGAUAAGUCUCCUAUGACCACCAAGAUACUAUUUCUCAGUUUGACAAAAUACCUGAUGAUAGAUUUGCAUAUGGUAUUGUCAGAAUUUCUGGAUGCUGAUGAAUUGGUAGAUAUUGUAAAUGAUAAUAAUGUGAGUGAAAUUAGUGAAAUCGAAGAGGAAGAAAAGAUUGAUUAUUCUAAACUGUCUGUAAUUAAUAUAACAUCUAAGGUCAAAGGUAAAGAAAUUGUAGUUGAUUCGAUAGUGAAGGUUGACACUAACAAACCCUCAACUUCGCAACUUUUUGACUUUGAUGAUGUGGAAGUUCGAAGUAGCCAAACAGAUGACACUGAUGAUGAUGAAGAAAUGAAAACUUCAUGUGAAUGUAAGAAAGAGAAGAAUGUUUCGACUGAAACAUCACCUACACGCGUUUUUGUUGAGCAAGUAUAUGGUGACUCGAAGGAAUUCCACCAAGUUCUUAAUGCCAAAGGUGCACACUACUUGGAAACCAACACGGUUGUCUAUCCGAAUUUUACAUGCACUGAUAAAACGGUUUUUCCAAACCAAGUGUUCGUAACUACUGGAAAUGUUGAGCAAAUAAAGCCUGAAUUUAACAAAAUGGUUGAAAUUGAUAACAAACGAUUAACUACCAAAGGAAAAUCUAAUGUAAAUUCGAUCAACAGUUGGCUAGAAGGAAAAGGAAAACAAUUUCAAAAUGACAAAUUUUCACAACAACAAAUCAAGACUGCAUUCGAAAAAUAUGUGAAUGAAUCUUAUGCUGAAAGUUUAUCGUCUAAUGGUUCAACCGUUCCAGUACAAAAAUGGAAACCAGUUAUGAAAGUUAAGCAGGUUGCAAAUGCUGAGGUGAAAAUCAAGGAAAACCCAAAACUACCGAACAACUUUAUUUCAAUAUCUAGAUUAGAUGAUGUUGAUUUAAUUCAAAGUGUGAAGGAAAAACUAAAAACCUGUGGUUGCUCUCGUCACAUGACGGGAAGAAAGGAGAACUUGCGAGAUUAUAAAAGCUUGGAAAAUGCUAGAGUAGUCAAAUUUGGCAACAAUCAUAAAUGUCAAGUGAAGGGCUAUGGAAAAGUCACAAAUGGACAAUUCACAGUGGUGUUUAAUGAAGAAGGCAACAUCAUAUCAAAAGUGAAUACAAAUGAAGUGCUUCUCAAGUCAAAAAGAUAUGGCGAUAUGUUCACACUCGACAUCAAACCGAUUGUGGGAAAACCAAUAGUGUGUCUCUUGUCGAAGGCUUCAAAUGAUAUUAGCUGGCUAUGGUAUCGCAGAUUGUCUCACUUGAAAUUUCGCAAUAUCAAUAAACUUGUCACUGAAGAUUUGGGAAAACAACACAGAAAAGGACAUCCAAUCAUUAUAGAUUUGAAUAUCGUAGAACCGUUGGAACUUCUUAACAUCGACUUAUGUGUGUCGUCGACUGUUGAGACACUCAAUAAAAGGUGGUUAAAAUCUGAGGUUGCUCAGAUGAUGAUCGACUUUAUCAAGAAGAUUGAGAUGAGUCUUAAAAAGAAUGUUUGCAAGAUCAAAAGCAAUAAUGGUUCUGUGUUUAAAAAUCUAAAGCUGGAUUCUUUUAUCACAGCUAAGGGAAUUUCGCAUAUUUUUUCAUCACCAUAUACACCACAAAAAAAUGGCGUGGUUGAAAGGAGGAAUAGGUGUUUUAUAAUGAACUUAAAAGAUAAUCUCUCCAAAUUUGAUGCGAAGGCAGAUGAAGGCAUAUUCUUAGGAUAUUCGCAUAAUUCUGUUGCAUACAGAGUAGUAAACAAGCGAACACAAAAAGUUGAAGAGAAUUUCAACUUAACCUUUGAUGACUAUUUUCUUAAGCAGAUAGAUCGCAAAAUUGAACAAAAGCCCAUCAUUGCUGAUUCAAAUAAUCCAGUUGAAAAUGAAAAUACUAUUGAUUUUGAUUAUGAAUUAAUUUUUGGUAUUCCUGAUAGGGUGAUCGAUGUUGAAAUUCAUGCUACUAAUAAUCAAUCACCAGAACCCUCAAAACAUAUUGAUGACUCUCCUCAUACGUCUGAUUCAAAUAGUAGCGAAAGCAUGCCUGAAGUUCGUAUGGAGGGGGAGCAUACGACUGAUGAAAUCAAUGUUCAAGAUGGACAUACUUUCGAGGGGGAGAAAAGGAAUGAAGAUAAUCAAGUUGAGAUGGGAGCUUGA